UGCGUGGUGGGGUAAGGGACAGGGGCGGGUCUGGCAGGAAGGCCCAGGGUGGGGUGCCUGGAGGAGUGAGUGAUCCCUCCCCUCCCAGGAUCACACUGUCCAGAAAUGUUUUCUGCCCUGCCCGCCCAAGCCCAGACCAGAAUACCGGGCCUGGCCUCUCCCCUCCCUGCCGCUGGGAGUUGACGCUGUCUACUCUGGAAGCCCAGCUCCGGAUCCGCUGCCAGGAGCGGCCACAAGGAAGGGUGACAGGAUCCUGCCUGUCCAGCGUGGGCCAGACCUGUAACCCGUCCCUGCCCUUCUAGCGGAGCCUCCUAGGGAACUUCCGGACACCUGUCUGACGGAGGAACCCGUAGCCCCCAGCAGCCAGUCAGGUCCUGGUGGUGUGGGCUCUCUGACAUCCCCUCGCUUCUCAGCCCCAGGAUGGGGGAGUUCAACGAGAAGGCGACAUGCGGAACCGUCUGCCUCAAGUACCUGCUCUUCACCUUCAACUGCUGCUUCUGGCUGGCUGGCCUGGCCGUUAUGGCAGUGGGUAUCUGGACGCUGGCCCUCAAGAGUGACUACAUCAGCUUGCUGGCCUCAGGCACCUACCUGGCCACAGCCUACAUCCUGGUGGUGGCUGGAGUUGUCGUCAUGGUGACCGGUGUUCUGGGCUGCUGUGCCACCUUCAAGGAAAGGCGGAACCUGCUGCGCUUGUACUUCAUCCUGCUCCUCAUCAUCUUUCUGCUGGAGAUCAUUGCUGGCAUCCUGGCUUACAUCUACUACCAGCAGCUGAACACCGAGCUCAAGGAGAACCUGAAGGACACCAUGAGCAAGCGGUACCACCAGCCAGGCCACGAGGGCGUGACCAGUGCUGUGGACAAGCUGCAACAGGAGUUCCACUGCUGUGGCAGCAACAACUCCCAAGACUGGCGGGACAGCGAGUGGAUCCGCUCGGGCCAGGCCGGCGGCCGCGUGGUGCCCGACAGCUGCUGCAAGACCCUGGUGCCGGGCUGUGGGCAGCGGGACCACGCCUCCAACAUCUACAAGGUGGAGGGCGGCUGCAUCACCAAGCUGGAGACCUUCAUCCAGGAGCACCUGAGGAUCAUCGGGGCCGUGGGCGUGGGCAUCGGCUGCGUGCAGGAGCCUGAAGCUGGAGCGCUACUGAGCGUGCCGGACGGUGCCCACGCGGGCCGCAGCCUCACGCCACCUGACUACGAGCUGACACUACUGAGGGCCGGGGAGCUGGGGUCCCAGGACGCUGCUCCCUCCCCACUCUGCCAGGGAGGGGCUGUUCUCAAGCCCCUGUGCGCCCCCCACGCCAUCACGUGACCUCUGGGGACCCCUACCCUCAGAGGGAGCUGCCAGUGCCUUUCUCUGCAGACCAAAGGCCUGAGACCCCCCCCCCCCCCCCGCCCACAGCAGGGAAGCAGUACUUCUGCCUGGGGGGGGGCGGGGCGGGUCUCGGGGUGUUCCCUGCGCUCAGCCAGAGGGGCUGGCCCACCGUCGGGUGCUCCCAGACCCCCGGACACACCCCCUCAUGGUGGUCAGGGCAAGCCUGAGGGGGGCACUGCUGGGUGGGGCAGAGCCUGGGAAUAUGCCCGCCACGGGCCCCAAGACCCCCAGCCCACUCCCGGGAAAGCCAAGCUAGCCCUGUCCUGCGGGUCCUGUGCCGCUGCCCCCCCACCCCCCCGCCCCGGCUGCCCUAAGGCCCUGCUGGGACUUCCCCACCACUCUCCCCACUGAAAGGCCGCAAUUCACUUGCUCUUGUCCUGUCCCCUUCCCAGAAGCGGGGGGCUUGUGGGUUUUAUUCACUGCUGUAUCACAAAUGCCAAAACUGCUUGUGCCACGUAAUAGGCGUUCAAUAAAUGUUUGUGGAACAGA